GAACGUUUUGUGGUUCCACUGUACCUGCUCCUUUUAUGUCUUCUGGUAACUUCCUUAUGGUUCAAUUUGUCAGUGACUUAACAUUAGAAAGGGAAGGAUUUAAUGCUACAUACACCAUCAUGGACAUGCCUUGUGGUGGAACAUACAAUGCAACUUGGACCCCACAAAAUAUUUCAUCACCCAAUCCAUCAGACCCAGAUGUCCCAUUUUCCAUCUGUACUUGGGUCAUUGACACCCCUCCACAUCAGCAGGUCAAGAUAACUGUUAACUGUGUGGGUGUUCAGCUGAGCUCAUAAGACUGCAUGCAGAAUUACUUACAGCUUCAGGACUCACCACAGAGUCAUGGAAAUUCAAGAAUUCAGUUCUGUGGCAGAAAUGCUUCGGCUGUGCCAGUGUUUUAUUCUUCUAUGAGUACUGCAAUUGUCAUUUUCAAAUCUGGAGUUUUAAACAGAAAUUCUAGAAUGAAUUUCACCUAUCAGAUAGCAGAUUGCAACAGAGACUAUCACAAGGCAUUUGGCAACCUGAGGAGUACUGGAUGGCCAGAUAACUAUGACAGUGACAUGGAUUGCACCAUUACUCUCACAGCCCCCCACAACCACACCCUCUUUUUUCAUUUGUUUGGCAUUGAGAACUCAAUUGAAUGCAGAAACGAUUUCUUGGAGGUGAGAAAUGGAAGUAACAGCAAUUCACCAUUACUUGGCAAGUAUCUGCUGCCAAACCCUGUCUUCUCUCAAAAUAAUGAACUAUACCUAUGAUUUAAGAGUAAUAGUGUAAUUUCGGAUCGUGGAUAUGAAAUCAUCUGGACCUCAUCACCCUCUGGAUGUGGUGGAACUCUUUAUGGAGACAGAGGCUCAUUCACCAGCCCUGGCUAUCCAGGCACCUAUCCAAACAACACGCACUGCGAGUGGGCACUGGUAGCUCCUGUUGGAAGGCUUCUCACUGUCAACUUUUACUUCAUCAGCAUUGACGAUCCAGGAGACUGUGUCCAGAACUAUCUCACACUCUACGAUGGGCCCAACGUCAGCUCUCCAUCCUAUGGACCAUACUGCAGAGGCGAUACCAGCAUAGCUCCCUUUGUGGCUUCCUCAAAUCAGGUCUUCAUAAAAUUUCAUGCUGCUUAUGCAUGGCAUCCAUCCACAUUGCAAUUAACUUGGGACUGCUAAGUGGGUAACUCAGCAUGUUCACUCAGCACUUUCCCUCUGCAGCAUGCUAGACAGGACUUUGUCGUCUUUAUACACGACCCCUGCCAA